CCCCCAAGUUGAUCGUCGUAAUGUUUCUUUUGUCAUUUUUCUAAUUUAUGAUUGACAUAAAUACUUGUCACUCGCAUGAUGUCCCAUUACUGCCCAUUACUACUUAGUGAAAUUAAUUUGAAUGGAUCCAUCGGUAUAUUUUGCUGUUUAAAUUGUGCAUGACAUACAAGAUGAACGAAAAACCUUCAAUAAAAAAACAAAAAACUUCAACUUUACAGACUAUAAUAUUAAACAACAGAAAAAAUGCUGCUGCAUCUGUCAUGACAUUUAAAUUUGAUAAAAAAAGAAUUAGAAUUAUAACAAACAUCAAAGAAGUGACUAAAAAGUGCAGAGGGAUCUUGUAUUGGAUGUUUCGCGAUGCUCGAGUUCAGGAUAACUGGGCAUUUUUAUUCGCACAAAAGAUUGCGAUAAAGAAUCGUGUGCCUCUGCAUGUUUGCUUUUGCAUAUUAUCUAAAUUUUUAAGUUCAACAACAAGACAGUAUAGAUUUCUCUUGAAAGGUUUAAACGAAGUUGCAAUAGAAUGUAACCAGUUAAAUAUAAAUUUUCACCUUCUACAUGGAGAGCCAAGUCUAGCGAUCGCAGAAUUUAUAAGCAAGUACAACAUUGGAGGUGUAGUUACAGAUUUUUCUCCAUUACGACUGCCAAUCAGAUGGAUAAAUGAUUUAAAGGGAAUGAUUCCCUGUGAAAUUCCAAUAUGUCAAAGUUCUUUUCAGGUUGAUGCACAUAACAUUAUACCUUGUUGGAUUACAUCUAACAAAUUGGAAUAUUCUGCACGUACCAUUAGGAACAAAAUCAAUUCACAAAUAGAUCAGUUUCUUACCGAAUUUCCCCCAGUUAUUAAGCAUCCGUAUAAGGCUUCUGAACAAUUUGAAGACAUCAAUUGGGAAACUGCUCUAAAUGAUGUACAAGCAGAAUCAAUUGCUGAACUUACUUGGUUAACACCUGGGUAUAAAGCAGGCAUCAACCAGUUUGAAACUUUUCUAAUGGAUCGUUUAAAAGAUUAUUACCUAAAACGUAAUGAUCCUGUAGAAAACGUUACUAGUAAUUUGUCACCGUGGUUUCACUUUGGUAUGAUAUCCGUUCAACGGUGUAUCAUAGAAGUGCAAAAGUAUAAAUGUAAAUUCAAGCAAUCCGUUGAAGCCUUUAUGGAAGAAGCAAUUAUCAGAAGGGAAUUAAGUGAUAAUUUUUGUUUCUAUAAUGAAAAUUAUGACAAUUUACAAGGAGCAAAUAAAUGGGCAAUAGAUACUUUAAACUUUCACCGCAACGACAAGAGAGAAUACAUUUAUGAUUUACAUGAACUGGAAGCCUCGUUAACUCACGAUGAUUUAUGGAAUUCUGCUCAAAAUCAGUUGAUGUGUAUGGGAAAGAUGCAUGGAUUUUUAAGAAUGUACUGGUCUAAGAAAAUAUUGGAAUGGACUCGUACACCUGAGCAAGCUCUUGAAUGGUCUAUUUAUUUAAAUGACAAGUACAGUAUAGAUGGAUGCGAUCCAAAUGGAUACGUUGGCUGUAUGUGGUCAAUUUGUGGAAUUCAUGAUCAAGGGUGGAAGGAAAGAAAUGUAUUUGGAAAAAUAAGGUAUAUGAAUUAUAAAGGCUGUCAACGAAAGUUUAACGUAGCAAAAUUUGUAGCAGAUUGGGGUGGUAAGGUUCACAGUAAAAGAAAAAAGAAGAAUGCAUAGUUACCGAGUAUAUUUAUACCAGGGUAUCUCCAUGGACUUGUAUAAAUCAUGAGAUGAAUAUAAAAGUGGUUUAUCGCUAUUUACUUAUAAGUAUACAAUACAAAAGUAUAAAUGGUCAGUACUUA